AUAUAGUGGUUUAAUUAUGCCUUGUGUAUGGUUAUACCACAUUUGACUUGAGUAGAGUAUUACAGUCACCACAUCGGCAUUAAAAGGAUUGUAGAAAAUAAAGGGACAAUACACUUAGGUUUGAGGUUGAGUUCAUAACCGUCGGAAAUUACGGAAACAAAUAAACCUCCACGUGACAGUGGAUGUGUUGGUCGUUUAGAUCAGGGGUCCCCAAACCCCGGGCCGCGGCCCGGUACCGGUCCGCGGCUUGGUUGGAACCGGGCCGCGGAAAAAAAGUGAAUAAAUAAAGUUUAAAUUUUUUUUUUUUAAUCAGUCGGAAAAAUAUUUUAUUUUGAAAAAGGACCGGAUCCACCCGUGUGUACGUCUGAGCCGCGUUCAGGAGUCUUAAAGUUCGGGUUUAUCGCUGCAGGCGAGUCUCACGCGCCAAACCCUCUGCUGGCGGCACAGUGACAAAGAAUCUUCAAACAGAUUCAACCUGCUCAAUGAAUUCUGUCACUUCAGGGAAAUGACAACUGUUUUCAAGUUGGCCGAUAAAGUCGCUGCUGCAGGGCGAGUGAACGGCGGAACAUUCUACAUGUUUCAGACGUUGACCGGGUGGAAGAGGCUUUUAAAAGAGUUUGAGCGGUACUCCAACCACAAAAGACCCAACUGCAAAAGAAUAGACCUGCAACCCAUUUGUAAACAAACCCACCCGGUGAAUCGAGCCCGUCCGAGCAAGAAAAAAAUGUGCUGGAGAUGCAAAUGACGGUGGCCUGAAGGGACAUUUCACACAACAACUCUGCCGGUGUUCUAAUGACAGCGACCAGAACUCGGUGAGGAGCAGCGGACCAAACACAGGUCUGUGUCGCCGUCUCCAUUAGCGGCUCGUUGCAGGAAGGGCUCAGCGCAGCGUGGGUGCCCAGGGAUCCACUGCCUGAGCGCACGGAGGGCCGCGGCCGAGGCCCCGGAGACAUGAACCACACCAAGGACAGCCUGGUCAUCUUCACCGGCAACUCCCACCCCGCCAGCCGCGAGCUGGCCAAGAGGAUUUCAGAGCGGUUAGGGGUGGAGCUUGGCAAGGUGCAGGUGUACCAGGAGACGAACCGAGAAACGCGGGUGCAGGUCCAAGAGUCUGUGCGGGGCAAAGAUGUCUUUGUGAUCCAGACAGUGUCCAAGGAUGUGAACACCACCAUCAUGGAGAUGCUGAUCCUGGUGUACGCGUGCAGGACGUCCUGCGCCAGGAGCAUCACCGGCGUCCUCCCUUACUUCCCCUACAGCAAGCAGUGCAAGAUGAGGAAGAGGGGCUCCAUCGUCUCGAAGCUCAUCGCCUCCAUGAUGUGUAAAGCUGGACUCACCCACCUGAUCACGAUGGACCUCCAUCAGAAGGAGAUCCAAGGCUUCUUCAACAUCCCAGUGGACAAUCUGAGAGCCUCUCCCUUCCUGCUGCAGUACAUACAGGAAGAGAUCCCCGACUAUAGAAACGCUGUGAUUGUGGCCAAAUCCCCCGCCUCUGCCAAAAGGGCGCAGUCGUUUGCCGAGCGGCUCCGUCUGGGCUUGGCGGUGAUCCACGGCGAAGCUCAGGACCCCGAGUCGGACCAGGUAGACGGGCGACACUCCCCCCCCACCGUCAAGACCAGCAGAGCCAUCCACCCCAGCAUGGACAUGCCACUGUUGAUCCCCAAAGAGAAGCCUCCCAUCACCGUGGUCGGAGACGUAGGAGGACGCAUCGCCAUCAUAGUGGAUGACAUCAUCGACGACGUGGACAGUUUCGUGGCGGCGGCGGAGACGCUGAAGGAAAGGGGGGCCUACAAGAUCUACGUCAUGGCGACGCACGGCAUCCUCUCCCUGGACGCGCCCCGCUUCAUCGAGGAGUCGGCCAUCGACGAGGUGGUGGUGACCAACACGAUUCCCCACGAGCUCCAGAAGCUCCAGUGUCCAAAGAUCAAAACCGUUGACAUCAGCAUGAUCCUGUCGGAGGCCAUCCGCCGCAUCCACAACGGGGAGUCCAUGUCCUACCUGUUCCGCAACAUCGGAAUGGACGACUGAAACACACACACACACACACACACUCACUAUUUGCCUUGUCGUGUCUCUUCAGAAACAUGGAGGUGAAUGUCGAACACUGAGAUCGUGACACACGUUGCAUGAUGUACUUCAUGUCCUGCUUGUCUUUUUUCCUCAGUGCAGCUUAAAGGGGAAGUUUAGAUUCUUUUGAAGCGGCUUGUUUGAGGUGCUUCUCCGUCGUCGGUGGUUCUCCUCCAGUAGAUGGAGGUUUAAAUGCGAGAGGAUAUUCAGCGCGUUACUUUCCCAUCAGCCGGCUCUUUGACGCUCUCUUCAAAGUGGCGUUGGUGUCACACCACCGAGGCGACUCGGAGCCGACCCUCUGGAUGUGUGAACGUGUCACACGAGGAACGCAAACCACCGCCGCUCUGCGAGGUAGAAUGCCGAGCUGUCGGGAGGAGCCUCGUGGCUUUGAAGAGAGCGGAGAGAAUGGCGUCGGAUCCCCGUCAGAAAGGGGAAAGCGCUGGAAAGAUUCUAUCGUCGCGUCCACGCGAGCUGAAAUUGGAGCUCUGACAGCAGCUAAUGCACAUAAUGUGGAUUAGCACCGCAUACAAGCCACUGCAAGAAGAAUCAGAACUCCCCCCGUUACCAUAUAAGAUGAACACACACACACACAUCUGUGCCCUUGAUAGAUGACUGCCUGUCUUUCCUUCUGCUGUCCUCCUUGUCAAACAGCACACAGACCUCAGUGUUUCUUUUAACUCCUCGUCUACAUUUUGUUUCCCAUGUCUCCAUAGAAAUUAAUGUUCCUAUAAGACUAUGACAUUUGUUCGCCUUGAUCCCCCCCCCCCUCCCCGCAGCAAAGUCUCCUUUUCCUAACGGCAUCAGAAGAGUGCCGGUGCCUUCUCCAGGACAUGCUAAUGAACACAGGCCCGUUGUACUGGAUCCCGGGAUGUUCGGGGUCCCAGCUAAUUAACUCGUCAUCACCCCUUUCUGAUUAUUCAUGGCUUCCCAGUGUGUCGUUGCUUCAGACUCCUGCUAACUGGUUGCCAUAGCGCUGAGAUGCUGUUGUCAAAUCUAAUCAUUGAUGAACUGGAAGUACGUCUCGGUCCGGUCAAUUGGGCGUCAUAAAAAAAUUUGUUUUUACGGCGUUUCACGAGUCAACCGUGUAACAUUGUGUGCCAUUGUUUCAAUGCCUGCUCAUGUUUUUUUAAUAUUUGCCACAAUGAGCUGUUGCCCAGCUGUAGGGCUGUGGGUAGUUUUACACUCCUGUUAGAAGUGGAAGGUUUUUCUUAAUUAUGAGUUUAAAUGGUCAGGAAAGAUGCUCCAACACACCUGCAGGCAAAGCGGGAAGUCAAGCAAAUCUUUUUUUAAAUCUUUUUUCUUUCUUUCUGACAAGCAACACUCGACUGAAAGCAGGUCUUUGUCACUAAACCAGAUGUGUUCCCAAAAUAUAAAAAGUUUUGUAUUUAUUUUCAGCACUUCUUAUGAAUAAAUAUGACCUUUUUUAUAAAUUGGA